UAGCAAAACUGGAGAACAAAAAUUAAACUGAGAAUUAUUAAUCUAUUCAUUCUCUCGAGCAAUCAAUCAUCAGAAUUCCUCAAAUCAUUAUAGGAAGUUUCAUCUCCUUGUGUUAGAUUAGCUUGGCCUUCAAUUGGAUUAUCCUCCUAUUUUGAGCCCGAAACCCACUCACUCCGUCGAUCAAUUUGAAAAACAGCCCACAAAACCCUCAGGCUCGUAAAUUCCCUUUAUCAAUUCGGUGUUUGGAGGUUCAACUGUAGACUUGUGUUCCCGGAUUUCUCAAAGGAUGAGCGGACAGAAGAAGAGGAAUUUUCAGAUUGAAGCGUUUAAACACAAAGUGGUGGUGGAUCCCAAGUAUGCGGACAAGACUUGGAAGAUUCUCGAGCAUGCGAUUCAUGAGAUUUAUAAUCACAAUGCUAGCGGACUAAGCUUUGAAGAAUUAUACAGUUUACCCAAAUGGUUGCUCAUGCUUUGGAUGGUUUGUUAUAGUGGCGAAUUGCCUUUUUCUUUUUGCCUUUUCAAAAACGCUUACAAUAUGGUACUGCACAAAUUCGGGGAGAAGCUCUACUCAGGCCUAGUCUCGACCAUGACCCUCCAUCUCCAAACAAUGUCCAAAUCCAUCGAGGCUGCCCAGGGCCCACUAUUCCUCGACGAGCUCAAUUCAAAAUGGAACGACCACAACAAGUCCCUUCAGAUGAUCCGAGACAUCCUCAUGUACAUGGACAGGACCUUCAUCCCGAGCACCCGCAAGACUCCCGUCCACGAGCUCGGCCUCAACCUCUGGCGUGACAACGUCGUCCACUCCGCCAAAAUCCAGCCGCGCCUUCUCAACACAAUCCUCGACCUCAUACUCCGUGAGCGCUCGGGUGAGGUUAUCAACCGAGGCCUCAUGCGUAACAUCAUCAAGAUGCUAAUGGACCUCGGGCCCGCGGUCUACCAGGACGAUUUCGAACGGGCCUUCCUCGAUGUCUCGGCAGACUUCUACCGGGCCGAGUCCCAGGAGUUCAUCGAGUGCAGCGACUGCGGAAACUACCUCAAGAAAGCCGAGAGGCGUCUGAUGGAAGAAAUCGACAGGGUGUCUCACUACUUGGACGCGAGGAGCGAGGCUAAAAUCACGAACGUGGUUGAAAAAGAGAUGAUAGCCAACCACAUGCUGAGGCUCGUCCACAUGGAGAAUUCGGGCCUCGUGAAGAUGCUCCUCGACAACAAAAUCGAGGACUUGGGGCGUAUGUACGUUUUAUUCCGCCGGGUUCCCGACGGCCUCUCGACUAUCCGCGACGUGAUGACGUCGCACGUACGAGAAACGGGCAAACAGCUCGUGACGGACCCCGAGAAGUCGAAGAGCCCCGUGGAUUUCGUCGACACACUCCUGAAGAAACGAGACAAGUACGACCUCGUCAUAACGUGCGCGUUCGCCAACGACAAGACCUUUCAGAACGCGCUCGGUUCGUCGUUCGAGUAUUUUAUCAAUUUGAACCCUCGAUCGCCCGAGUACGUGUCGCUGUUCGUGGACGACAAGCUGCGCAAGGGGCUGAAGGGAGUGAAGGAGGAGGACAUCGAGACGGUGCUCGACAAGGUGAUGAUACUGUUCAGGUACCUCCAGGAGAAGGACGUUUUCGAAAAGUACUACAAACAGCACCUCGCGAAACGGCUGCUCUCGGGGAAAACGGUGUCCGACGACGCGGAGAGGAGCCUGAUCGUGAAGCUGAAGACGGAGUGCGGGUACCAGUUCACGUCGAAGCUCGAGGGAAUGUUCACGGACAUGAAGACAUCACAGGACACGAUGCAGGGGUUUUACGGGGCCCACGGGCCAGAGCUUGGAAGCUCCCCGACUCUUGUUGUCCAGGUGCUGACGACUGGGUCAUGGCCCACGCAGACGAGCCAGACGUGCAAUUUGCCGUAUGAGCUGUCGACGCUGUGCGAGAAAUUUCGGUCGUAUUAUCUCGGGACCCACACGGGCCGGAGGCUGACGUGGCAGACGAACAUGGGGACGGCCGAUUUACGGGCGACUUUCGGGAACGGGCAAAAGUACGAGCUGAACGUGUCGACUUAUCAAAUGUGUGUGUUGAUGCUUUUCAACAAUACGGAUCGACUCACGUAUAGGGAAAUCGAGCAGGCGACUGAGAUAACAGCGUCGGAUUUAAAACGGUGCCUGCAGUCGUUGGCUUGCGUGAAGGGCAAAAACGUGCUGCGCAAGGAACCGAUGAGCAGGGAUAUAGGUGAGGAAGAUGCGUUUUCUGUGAAUGAUAAUUUUGCGAGUAAGCUCAGAAAGGUGAAGAUCGGGACUGUGGUGGCGCAGAAGGAGUCGGAGCCCGAGAAGCAGGAGACGAGGCAGAGAGUGGAGGAGGACAGGAAGCCGCAGAUCGAGGCUGCCAUUGUUAGGAUUAUGAAGUCGAGAAGGGUUUUGGAUCAUAAUAAUAUUAUUGCCGAGGUUACUAAGCAGUUACAGUCGAGGUUUUUGGCUAAUCCUGGGGAGAUCAAGAAACGGAUUGAGUCGCUUAUCGAGCGGGAUUUCUUGGAGAGGGAUGACGUGGAUAGAAGGUUAUAUCGUUAUCUUGCGUGAUUUGAUUUGGUUUGCCUGUUUUACAUUUUUAUUUUUUAUUUUUUUGGGCUCCAUUGAAGAGCGACUAGUGGAUUAUUACAGAUAUUUCGUUUGUUUUUGUGUCUGGAAGAUAUAUUUGUUGGUAUCAAGCUUUUUAUUGCGUAUAUCUCUUAUUGGCACCGACCUGUGUCGUAUUCGUGUUGGUAUUAUUGCAGUAUUAUCCUCGCGUUGAACUCCAUGAUUAAAUCAAGUAAGAAAGUAGAAUGUGG